AUGAUUAGAUACACCACGGUUGGCAAAAAGAAAGAACAGCAUUUUGAUAAGUUGUAUGUGCUGGACCAUGACGUUCUGGAGAACGGGAGCAACCCACUGGCAUUCUCUUGGCCGGCAAAGGCCUUCUCGAAAACCUAUCCAGUUAAGGUUCCAAAGUUGGAGGCAUGGUUGAUAAAGGAGGAGGAGCUUGAGCAGGAUCACUCCAAGGUGUUCAUGAUGGAGGAUAUCAGUGACAAAGAUCCUGAGACGGCUUAUGACCUACUGGUUACAUGCAAGCAAAUGCCCAUUCCCAAGGAGCUCUUGGAUAUCACUUGGGACGGAUCUUUGGCACGCAAAGUCUUGAGAUUGGUGAUUGACAGAAUCAAGAUUCUCAGCAACAGCGAGGAGCCCGAAAAAAUUUCAGAAGUGCAGGAAAAAGUAAUCACUUUGGAUUUUGCCAGAUUGGACUUGGAGGACUCAAUUGGAGAUCCCCCUAACAAGACCUACAAACUGCUCACCAAGACCUUGGCAGCUGUUGAAGAGAGUAACAAGACAACCAAGACCUCUGUGGAAUCGCUUUUGGAGGUAGUGGUAGCGGGCAUCCAUGGCAAAGUAUCGGACAAGGCGCCCCCAAAUACACUAGCAAAGUGUAAGAAGCACAAAUCAAUUGGAAUUGUGCAGUCCCUGCUGGACAAUGAGGCCAAGAAGCUGAACCUCAAUUUGGAAUUCAUCGUUUCAGCUGGAGUGAUUAAUAGGCUGGUGGAAUUGGAAUUUUGUUUGUGCGGCAAUGUUGAAAAGGGUUUGAACAUGUUUGAUAGUGUCUGUUUCCAGCACUACAAAAAUGCAAACGCGAUCAACAAUUACAACAAGAGCAAUUAUUGGUUGACAGCUUCAAUGAAGGAUUAUCAAGCCCACAACAAGAUCAAGCAUGCUAUCUUCCCAAAGGAUCCCAUGCAGUUCCGUGAGAUGGUCACUGGUAUGCUGGUAUUCUACUGUGUAGUGUUUGGAGAAACUCAUCCACUGACAGCCGUGUACAAGAAGUUUGCCAAGAAUGUGGAUACCAUCACACAAAAAAUGGGAGUGUCCCAGCAGGAGCGAGCACUCAAGCAAUUCCUAUUUGGAAUCUAUUCCCAAAUUGAUCGUUACUUUGAACAUUUGGUGAGAUCCGGCACAAACGCAGAAGAAAACCUACCCGACUUAGGCACCUAUGUGGAGACCUGCUUCCAUGGAGGAAGCCUACCAGAGUCAAACUUGUUUGCUGUCGCAAAGGACUCUGGCGGAACUGGUGGAACAGGAGACAAGACUUAA